AUGCAUUUCACCCUCCUCGCCAUCCCAUUCCUCGCCCUCACAGCCUCCGCAACUUCCCAAUUCGAACGAGAAAUCCUCAAACCACGAAACUGGGACCUCCGCCUCCUCACACCAAGACCAUCAAACUGCAACCCCAACGUAUCCAACAUCGACAUUUCCGUCUUCCACCGUUCCGGACUCCACGGGAGGAACUGCUCAGCGCUGGACUCGAGUUUGUAUAAUACGACUACGGUGGGGAGUAUCUCGUGGAAGAGCCCAGUGACGACGUAUGAUCUCUGUGUGUAUGAGGAGGGGGAUUGUGGGGGUGAGCCAGUGGAAGUUGUGAGGGGGGGUUGGGAGGUUUGUUAUCCGUUUACUGGGUGGAAGGGGUGGAAGGUUGUAGUUGGGGGAAGUGAGUGUUGA